AUGAUUGAAUCAGUUAAGGCAAGCCAUUCACAUACACCAGAAACGCGAAAAGGCUGCCGGAAAAGAGACCAAUCUCCCGGCGAAGGGCCUUCGGAGAGCGAAACUCGCCCCUUAAUUUACGGAUUCGUGUCAAUUCUAGGCCGCAUGAGAGUGAUGAGGGAUCCCAUCAUGGUGAUGCCCCCGCGGAGUUUACCCGGCGGCUACUCCUUCUUUGCCGCUUAUGGCUGCGGCGCCGGCGCUAUGGUGGCCGAAACGUGCGCCGAGAAGCUUCAUGACUGCUUGGAGAGGCACACGGCCGGGGCGGAGGAGCGGAUCGGUUGGGGAAAGGUGGCCACGGAUUGCUUCAGUUCUAUCUAUGAGGAGCAGACGUCCGGGUCGGAGAGGAUGCUCAAGUUCACGGCCGUGGUCACGGCGCCUGGGAAGGGGGAAGUGGUGGUGGUGAAUUCCGGUGGUUCAAGGGCGGUGCUUUGGAGUGGUGGAGUGGCUCUGCCUCUUUCGAAUGAUCAUAAUAGUAAUAAGGGAGAUGAGAGCGUGAAAACUGAAGAAGGUGCAAUAGUUUAUUUGGAGAAUCUAUCAGCUGCCUCAACACCGGCCCAACCUUGUGACUUGGUGGGUGAAGAAGAAUGUGUGAAAGCAAGCCGAAGCUCGGAACCGGAAGUGAGGGUGAUAAGGAGAAACGAUGGCGGUGGCGACUUUCUAAUAAUAGCAAGUGGGGGUCUGUGGGAAGUGGUUGGGAAAGAGAUGGCAUGUGAGGUAGUGAGGAAGUGCCUUGGUGGCAAAAUAAGGAGGUCGCCGUUGGAAGGGGGUGGGGGCAUUUCUCAGGCCACCGCAAUGUUGGCCGAGCUCGCCAUUGCCAAGGGCAGCAAAGACAGCAUCGCCAUUGUUGUUGUUCAGCUCAACUCAACUCAACCUGAUUAG